AUGACAAGAACAAUAACAUCUUACAAAUGUAUCCUUGUUGUGUUGGCAUUGUUGAUGCCAGCUCUCACUAAAGGAUUCGCGGAGGCAGCUUUAAUUCAGCAGCAGCAACAGCAACAACAAUACCAACAACCAAAUAGCCAAAAUAUUCACCAGCAGUCGUACCUACAAAACUCCUUUAGAAGGGAACAGCGUAAACCAGCCAAACAAACCUCUAAUGUUCCCUACGAUCAUGUGGAUGGUCUGGGAGGCGGCACUCAAGUGGUGGAAAAAUUCGAUCAUCGUCAUCCCGAUGGAAGUUAUGAAUAUCGUUACGAGCUAACCGAUGGAACGGCACGCUACGAAAGAGGCUACUUCUUGAAAAUCGAUAAAGUGAAGGAAUUGGUGGUAGUCGGUUAUUAUUCCUACCGUAUGCCAACUGGAGAUUACAUCACCGUCUUCUAUAAUGCAGAUCGUUAUGGUUACAGACAAAAUCAUGCUAUUACAAGAAAUGCCUAUCCCGAUUUACCACGAACCAUUGAAGUUUCGAAUGAUGGAGAAGAUCCUAUACGACGCACGACUUCUAAACCAACAUUGGCUACAUUGGUGUCCACAAAACGACCAAGAUUUUAG